AUGGCGAACCCAAGAAUAGAAGAGCUCCCGGAUGAUGAGCCUACGAAGAAGGUGCUAGCUGAGGACGCAUCCAGCUCGUCCGACUCUGAACCUGAGGCCGGUGGUGAGGGAGAGGCCAAUAUUCCCGCCGGCUCUGCCGUCGCAGUCCACAGCCGCAACGAGAAGAAGGCACGAAAGGCCAUUGGCAAGUUGGGCUUGAAGCACGUUCCGGGCAUCACACGAGUUACCCUGCGGAGACCGAAGGGCAUCCUGUUCGUCAUCUCCAACCCUGAUGUCUACCGUUCGCCCACCAGCAACACCUGGAUCAUCUUUGGCGAGGCCAAGAUUGAGGAUCUCAACUCCCAGUCACAAGCUGCUGCUGCCCAGCAGCUCGCUGCCGCCGAAGCAGCCAACGCCGAUCAUUCUGGUCAUGACCACAGUCACGAAAACGGCAAGGGCAAAGCUGUCGAAGAACAGAAGGCAGAGGAAGAGGAUGACGAUGACGAGGAAGUGGAUGACAGCGGUCUCGAGGCUAAGGACAUCGAACUGGUGAUGACACAGGCAUCAGUGUCACGAAAGAAGGCCGUCAAAGCACUCAAGGAGAACGGAAAUGAUAUUGUCAAUUCCAUCAUGGCGCUGAGUGUAUGA